UAUUAACUUUCACAUUACAUUCCAGAUCCGAUAACAUCAGUGUUCUCUUCAGUAUUGCUGUCACUUAGAGUUACCAUCAUGGCUGAGCGCCCUGAAGACCUGAACUUGCCGAACUCAAUUGUGAUGCGCCUCAUUAAAGACUCCCUGCCACCUGGCGUGUUGGUGUCCAAGGAGGCCCGCAGCGCCAUCGCGAGAGCUGCCUCGGUGUUUGUGCUGUAUGCGACGUCGACGGCCAACGCCCUGGCGCAGGCCAACAAGAAGAAGACCCUCACGGGGCAGGACGUCCUCGACGCCAUCAAGGAGAUGGACUUCGAGCAGUUCGUCGAGCCUCUCACCGAGUGCCUUGAAGCGUUCAAGAGGAGCCAGCAAAGCAAGAAGGAGCUGAAGGAGGCGAAGGCGAAGGCCAAGAAGCAGGAGCGCAGCCCCGCCAAGAAGGGGGCGCCGGCGGAGGAGCAGGCAGCUGAGGAGGAGCUGGGGGAGGACGUUGUUGAUGUUCAGGAGUGAUGUUGAUGCUCAACAGUGGUGUUGCUGCUCAGCCGUGAUUCAACUGCUCGGUAGUGAUGUCGUUGCUCAGUAGUGUUGUCACUGCUCCGGAGUGUCGUCACUGCUCUGGAGUGUUGUCACUGCAUUGGAGUGUUGCCACUGCUCUGGAGUGUUGUCACUGCUCAGUAGUGUUGUUACUGCUCAGUAGGGAUAUCGCUUCUCUUUAGUGAAGUUGAUGCUCAGUAAUGCUCAUUAUGAUGCACUACUCAUCAUUUACGUCACUGCUCAUUAGUGAUGUUGCUGCUGCGCAAGUCCCAAAACCAUGCAUCAGAGAGAAAACUUCUCUCCGUGCAAGCACAUGUACCUGACACAAUACAUUAAGAUAGUACUUU